CACACACGAAGCCGGACAUUUAUGAAACGUCAGACUUAGAACUGAAUCGCUAAUUUGUCGCAUUUUACGGAUGCAAAUACUGUUCUUGUACAACAUGACAUUACAAUGUAUUAAUGCUGCCUGAGGAAAAGGCAUAUAUAAACAAUAUGACUGAAGGGGGAGAAACACAGCCAACCCCUGGAAAUGAGGCACAACCAGAAGCCUCUGAACCCAGAGCCAUACAUGGCGAAGGAUUACAUGAAACAACAGCAGAAUCAUCUUCUCAAAGUGUACCUGAACCGUGCCCAGAUCUACUUACUGUUCAUGGAACAACACAAGGAGAAAGUAGUGAUGCUGUCAGCACUCAUACAGCAAGUACUUCAGUUUCCGGCAAUGAAUCAAGUUCCAGUAGAGUGAGUGCAAUAACUGUAGUGUUACCUUGGGGUGCCCAGAAGGAAACAGUAAAGCCACAACAAAUGGCAGACAUGGAUCUAAGACCCGGAGAGUUUGUGAUGCGUACCUUAUUCGCUGAAUUCACAUCACAGGCAGAAAAAAAGAUGGAAGCAGUCAUGACAGAACAUGAAAAACCACUAUCGAAAGUUUUGCAAAGAGGAGAAGAUCCACAGUUUGAUCAACUUUUAUCUGCAUUCGGUUCAGUCGCAGAACACUGUUUGCCUUCUAUCUUACGAGCACUGUUUAAUUGGUAUGAACGUCAGUUGGUUGAUCAGGGUAGCGAUCAGAAAAAACCUGCUCCUGGAAAAGAAGACCAGAAAGGAAAAAGCAUCAUGUACACAAUAGUAUCAGGAAGUGUAGAAACAGUUGAAAGAAGUGAAGCAGAUUUACUUCAAGAACGAAGGGAUCUUGCUGUUGAAUUUAUAUUUUGUUUAAUGUUAAUAGAAGUACUGCGUCAAUUACCAUUUCACCCUGGUCACGAAGACCUAGUAACUUAUAUAGAGAAUAUAGCUUUUAAACAUUUUAAAUACAGAGAAGGUAUUCAGAAUGAACCAAAUGCAGCAAACAUUCAUAUUAUUGCUGAUCUUUACGCAGAAGUAAUAGGAGUACUUGCACAAUCCAGAUUUCUCUCGGUUAGAAAACGUUUUAUGAUUGAAUUGAAGGAACUACGGGCUAAAGAACCAGGACCUCAUACAACACAGAGUAUUAUUUCAUUGUUAAUGGGAAUGAAAUUUUUCAGAGUAAAGAUGGUACCAAUAGAAGAAUUUGAGGCCUCGUUUCAAUUUAUGCAAGAGUGUGCACAGUACUUUUUAGAAGUGAAAGAUAAGGAUGUCAAACAUGCUUUGGCUGGACUUUUCGUUGAGAUUCUUGUUCCUGUAGCUGCUGCCGUAAAAAAUGAAGUUAAUGUACCUUGCCUAAAAAAUUUUGUAGAGAUGUUAUAUUCUACGACGUUAGAUAUGUGUACUAAAUCGAAACAUAGACUAGCACUUUUUCCACUCGUGACUUGCUUACUGUGUGUGAGUCAAAAAACAUUCUUCUUGCAAAAUUGGCAUUACUUCUUAGCAAUGUGUCUUUCGCACUUGAAGAAUCGGGAUCCUAAAAUGUGUCGUGUUGCAUUAGAGGCGUUAUACCGUUUACUGUGGGUGUACAUGAUACGCAUUAAAUGCGAAAGUAAUUCAGCUACUCAAAGUAGACUGCAAAGCAUAGUGAACUCCUUAUUUCCCAAAGGUUCAAAAGCGGUAGUACCACGCGAUACUCCAUUGAAUAUUUUUGUAAAAAUUAUACAAUUUAUUGCACAGGAACGAUUAGACUUUGCAAUGCGAGAAAUAGUAUUCGAUUUGUUAUCAGUGGGUCGUCCAGUAAAAAUAAUUUUAACUCCUGAACGCAUGAGUAUUGGACUUCGUGCGUUUUUGGUUGUUGCUGAUAGUUUGCAACAAAAAGAAGGAGAACCUCCCAUGCCCAGAACAAUGGGUGUUUUACCUAGUGGUAAUACUAUACGCGUGAAAAAGACAUUUCUCAAUAAAAUGCUAACAGAGGAUACAGCAAGAAGUAUAGGAAUGUCUUCAUAUUUUCCACAUGUCCGACGAGUAUUUGUUGAUAUAUUACGCGCUCUAGACGUUCAUUAUGGAAGACCUCUCAUGAUGACAAGUACUCAAAACAUGAACAAAGAACCUGACGAAAUGAUCACUGGAGAACGAAAGCCUAGAAUAGAUCUUUUUCGAACAUGCGUUGCCGCAGUUCCUCGUUUGAUACCCGAUGGAAUGACUGGUGCUGAAUUGGUUGAUUUAUUAUCGCGUUUAACUGUUCACAUGGACGAAGAGCUUCGUGGACUAGCGUAUCAGAGUCUACAGACUCUAGUGUUAGACUUCCCUGACUGGAGGCAGGAUGUUGUUCUUGGGUUCACUCAAUUUCUCGCUAGAGAUGUUCAGGAUACUUUCCCGCAGCUUGUUGAUAAUGGUUUAAGAAUGCUUCUACAACUUCUUACAAGUUGGAAGAAUGCAUUGACGAGUCCCAGUAUAAGAUCUAAGGAACAAUCGGCAGAUAGUACAAGAACAAUUGCACGUACAGAUGGCAGUAUUAAAAAAAGUGAAUCGGGACAAAAAAUAGAGCCUGUCUCGAGUGUUUUUCAUUUAGUGGAAGGGUUUGCAUUAGUUAUGCUAUGUAACUGCCGACUUUAUCCUCGGAGAAUAGCUGUUCACAUAUUACGCGAGGUCAAGUAUCUAUUAAAGACUUUAGGAGGCUUGGAAGAUGAUCAACCUGUAAUUGAUGUAAUAGAUGCUUGUUGUCCAGUGGUUUUGGAGAAAUGCUAUCAUAUGCUACCACCGGCAGAAAAGGCAGCUGCUGCGUCUACUUCUAACGUUGAUCUUCAGUGGAUAGCUGAAAGAAGCAGCUGUGUGUGGACAGCUGGGCUUCACGAUGACACCAGUACAAAGAGUUCUUCCUCUUUAAAUUUAAAUGGAGCAGACCCAUGGGGAAGUUGUCUGUUUGCGUUUUUAGAAAAAGAUAGAGUGCUCACGUUAUGUCUUUCUGCUAUAGCUCAUUCAUGGCCUAUUGUUUUUACUCGAAUAAACUCGCUCUUCUCAGUAAUCGAUCCUACACCUGUAAACGAUAAUAGAGCUUCUCUUUUGAGAAGUUCGACAGCAGUACGAAAGCCAGUCAAUGAGAGGGACAUGUACAUGCACGUUUGGAAAAACUAUUUAACGUUUGGAUACAGAGUUGUGCCACCAGUUCCAAGUCCAAUUGUACGGUGUGCUAGUCCAGAUCUCAGUCUCAGCUCCUCGCCGGACAGCCUUUCCGCGGAACGAGGCGACAACAAGUCACCCGGUACAAACGCAAGCCCUGCAGCCUUAUACAAAUUGACAGUGCCUCUGUUAAGAUGCGAGGUGGUUGACGUUAGGGAUGCUGCUGUUCAAGCAAUUGGCAAAGUCAACGCUGAUGCUUUGAAAGAUUUAAUGGAGGAAUUAGUCCCUUAUAUUCGUGAAGCGGUUGACCGAAAACAGGAAAAUAUGAGACGUCGUAGACGAAGGGAUGCAUUGAGGCUACAGUUAGUGAGAGUUCUAGAAUUGAUCGCUGAAUAUGGAACGUUUGGUAUCUGCCCUGCAGUAUUGGACCGCGAAACACAGUCGCUCCAUCCAACAUUCGUCGAGUAUAUUGACGGUGCACGCUUGUACUUGGAGAACGAGACAGAUAAAGAGGCACCCGCUGUACGUGACAUUAAGCUACACUUCUGUAACUUCAUUCGAAAGAUGAUCAAGAGCUUUACAUUGGAAACGUGUCAUACGUUGUUAAAGAGAGAUUUGAGACGGAACCUGUUUAUGCUGUUUGCCAGUUGGGCAGGCUCCUACGGCCGUCCACUUACAAAUACAUCCUGGCUACAUGAAGAAGAAAAAUGUUACACAGAGUUACAACUUUCAGCACUACAAGCAAUGAGUGGACUACUAUGUUGCGGACCGUGUUUCAAUCCUCAAACUCUUUCCGAAGAAGGGGCAAUAUUGUACCAGUGGUUGGAUUUACUAUUGGCCAGCAAGGAUGAAAAAAUUUACGCCCUCGCCCGAGAAACCGUCGUUUUACUGUUGGAAUGUAAUCCGGAUAUUGGAACCCUACUGGAUUGGGUAGUCGACAGAUGCUACACUGGAGCUCCUCAAGUAGCUGACGGUUGUUUCCUCGCCUUGGCAACAAUUUUUAGUGCAAGAGAAUAUCCUUGUGAUCAUUACACAAGCAUCAUCAACGUUACCCUGAUGAGUACAGGUUGUCCCCGUGCUCCUGUCCACGACGCAGCUCUUCAACUUCUUCAGUUGUUAGAUCAACGAUUUUUCGGAAACGUGGGUCCUUUACCGACUACAGAACCGGAGACCGGUCAAGAUGAACUCGUUGCCGGCUCAUCAACUACCGUCACUUCCGCGCCAGGACAACCGAGUAAUCCUAUCGGCGGAUUAUCUUCGAGUGGCAUUAUUAGGGGUGGCACCCUGGACGUGCUUUUGUCGACCACUUAUUGUCGCAAUCAGAUGUAUCUGUCGCGCCAGCUCGCUCAACUACAUCCGGAACUCACGAUGCCCAUGUUCAGCGAAAUUACGCACAGGUUUCAAACAGCCAGACGAGAGGUACGGCAGCUGUUACUCCAAUAUUUGUUACCGUGGCUGCACAACAUGGAACUGGUUGACCCUAAUGUACCGCCGCCAUCCAAUCCAUUGAGCUAUUACCAGUACUAUGCCACCGACAUGUCACGCGGCGGAGCAAGGAGAGAAGGUUGGGGUAGCGCUGAAGCAACGGAAAUGGUCCUGAACAAUUUGUUUUACAUAACUGCUAAGUUCUCAGAUGAACAUCCUAAGGAAACUGAAGAACUUUGGGCAACUCUGUGCGGUUGUUGGCCUAACAAUCUGAAAGUAAUUAUUCGUUACUUGAUCAUCGUGUCGGGCAUGGCACCACAAGAAUUACUUCCAUACGCGAAACGGGUUGUCCUGUAUUUAGCCAGAGCUCGUCCAGACCGUUUGGUGGACGAAAUGAUGACCGAGUUACAAACAGUCGAGACGCUUAACUGUUUAAUAGAAAGGACCGAAACUCCACCGUUUUAUAGAUUGACCAGCAUGAGAAAAGCUUCUUCUCAUAGCGACGCUCCGGCCGCUGACCCUGGUAAUCCUCCUCGCGACUUAGGGGUCGAGAAAGGUACCAUUCAUACGAAAAGGCACUCUGGAGAGGAUCCAGUUAAAACUGGGUCAAAAUCUGAUACAGCGUUACGGGCGCUCGCUGGAUUUCAAACCCCAAGGGUCGAAAAAACAAGGACUGCGAGCGGUCCGCCGGUUCUUCCUGAUGAUCUGUCCACUCCUACGACAGAAGCGGAGUUGACUACCGACGAGUCCUGUUAUGGAACACGGAACGGUCCCGCAGGAGUAAACGGGAAAAUUUCCUGCGGCGGAGAGAAGUUCGAUAUUAUUCCUCAACCACAUCCUUUACCGAUGCCUGAAUAUGGUGGAUACUUUGCUCCAUUAACGGAGUAUCUGCCAGAUAGUUCACAGCCAAUAAGUGGUUUUCAUAGGUGUAACAUCGCCGUGAUGCUGCUCACUGAUGUCGUCAUUGACGGCAUACAACUUGACUGGGCUAUUCAUGUACCCUUAAUGUUGCAUAUAGUUUUCCUUGGGUUGGAUCAUUCGAGGCCUCUAGUGCGAGAUCACUGUCGUUGCCUCUUGUUGAAUUUAUUAGUUGUUCUCGGAGAUCACCGGGAUCAUUUGGGCGUAGCGCGGGUAUUAUUGGCUUCGAAGACUGAACAGUUGGGUUUAGGUCUCUCUACUCCGGCUUUGCCAGUGCUGGAGCAUAACUUCACCGAAGUUGAUCCGGAAUUUGAUAGUUAUCUUUAUGGUCCUCCAACGGUGCCACCACCGACAACGCCUCCUCCAUCAUCUUCACCACCACCGCCUUCUUCCUCUCCUCCUCCUCCACCCCCGCCUCCACCGCCACCUCCUCCACCACCUCCGCUACCAGAAUCCUCUAUAUUUACUUCUGCACCACCACCACCGCCUCCUCCUCCUCCACCACCAUUUCCACCUUCUAAUAGCGCAACGCCCACCCAUUCACCAAUUCCUAAUUCGACGUCUACUCCACCAAUAUCGAUGAACCAUGUGACCCAGUCAGGCAUAGAUAAUUGUAAAGAUAAUGGAAGUUCUCAUCUAUACGAAUCAUCAGUCUGUAACAACUGGACAGCAGCGGCAGGGUCGACAAAUACAGUACCGCCUGUCAUAGUUACGCCGGAGGAUGCUAAUAAUUGGGUUGGACCGCAGCCUGGUCCUAACAUGCCGAUCCAAGAUGUGAUCAAAUCUUUAAUAAACUUCCUUGCGUCUAGAAUAAACCAGCCAUUAUGGAACUACGAAGAUAUGACUGCCAAAGUAUGGUGGGUUCGCAGUGCAGAACAGCUAACAGUAUUAUUGCGACACGUGUUAAGAGUCUUUAGAGAUUCAUUGCCACAUGCUCUAGUCAGCCAGCGAUGGGCACAAACCGCGUUGCAAUUAGGUCUGUCGUGUUCAUCUAGACAUUAUGCAGGAAGGUCUCUUCAAGUGUUCAGAGCGUUACGUGUUCCUAUUACAUCUCGGAUGUUGUCGGAUAUAUUAUCUAGACUAGUUGAAACAGUCGCCGAACAAGGGGAGGACAUGCAGGGCUACGUAACAGAAUUGUUGUUAACACUCGAAGCUGCCGUCGAUUCUUUGGAAUCAGAUUUCCGACCUUUAGAUUUUAUGAAAGAAAUAUUCAAAUCUACUCCAAACCUGAAUAAUAAGGAUCCAGCAUCAGGUGGUUUGAUUGGUGGAAAGCGGAGUCCUGGAGGAGGAAAUGGAUAUCCAGCUGGUCCUCAUAUGUUUUCCCAUCUGAAUCAAGGUGGCCACACAAGGAGCACCAGUUAUUCAGUUAGUUACUGUAUGAAAAAGUCAAGUGGUGGUACUGUGGCACCCAGCGAAAUAAAAGAAUUGGAUAACAGAUGUAACAAAUAUCCAAACUCUAACCUAUCCCGGUCAAGAUCAGCACAGUCGUUGAAGCUGUUGGGUGACUCGGCAACGCAGGACGACAAAAUGACAAUUCUGGCGCAGCUAUUUUGGCUAUCCGUGUCUCUACUUGAAUCUGACUACGAACACGAAUUCCUUUUAGCACUGAGGUUGCUCAGUCGUGUACUCCACAGACUACCAUUGGAUCGACCAGAUGCCAGGGACAAAGUGGAGAAAUUGCAACAGCAAUUGAGAUGGAACUCAUUUCCCGGUGUACAUGCACUGUUAUUGAAAGGGUGUACCAGUCCAAAUACGUAUGAACCAGUGGUAACAUUGUUGUCGCAGUUCACUCCUUUAUUGGACUUGCCGGUUGUUGAUCCCACUCAGAGUCUCGCGUUCCCAAUGAACGUUGUGUCAUUGCUUCCCUACAUGCUUUUGAAUUACGAGGACGCUAAUGAAUUGUGUAUCAGGAGCGCGGAGAACAUUGCACAAGUGAGUGCUGAAAAGGGAAAGAAAUUGGAGAACUUGGGCACCGUUAUGACAUUAUACAGUCGACGUACGUUUAGCAAGGAAAGUUUCCAGUGGACAAAGUGCGUUGUCAAGUACCUUUACGACACAUAUGCCCAUCUCAGUUUCAAUAUGCUUGCGUUCUUGGUGGAAGUGCUCGAAAAAGGUUCAGGAAGCGUUGCGUUACCUGUGCUUAGUAUUAUACAUUGUAUGCUGCAUUACGUUGAUUUAGCUUCGCAAGCUGCGCAACCAAUCAAUACAGAGCUUCUCAGAGUGAUUUCGAAAUAUGUUGAGGGACCACAUUGGAAAGAAGCCCUUAAAAUAUUGAAACUGGUAGUCACGAGAUCGUCAACUUUAGUAGCACCACCUACUUCAGUCCAUGGCUCGUCCUGGGAAUCGUCUUUAGCAUCUCCGCAUCCGAGCUUCACCGAUACCGAGAUAUUUACCAAGAAAGAGCUGCCCGGAAGGACUAUGGAUUUCACUUUUGACUUGUCUCAAACACCAGUGAUUGGUAGACGAUGGCUAAUACGUCAAGGUGUAGAUGAAAAGUCAGUCGGCACUCCUCGGUGUUCAGUGUCUCUUUCGCCAGCUGACAGUAAUGCAGUUUCUGGUUGGAAGAGACCAUGGAUGUCACAGGGACGAGUCAGAGAAUGCUUGGUGAAUCUUCUGACAACAUGCGGACAACGUGUUGGAUUACCAAAGAGCCCAUCUGUGAUAUUCAGUCAAAGUUCAGAUUUAAUGGAACGGCAAUCAUCCAUGGCUUCCUCAACGGAAGAAGUUUCCGGUGCAAACAAUGACUUGAGCGGAGGCUCCAGACGGGACGAUGAACAAUUUGGUGUAUUUAAAGACUUCGAUUUCCUUGAAUAUGAGAGUGAAAGUGUUGAGGGUGAAAGUACUGACAAUUUCAAUUGGGGAGUGAGGAGACGCCCUCUCAGCGAAGGAGAAGAAAGGGAAUCAAGUUUGAAACAGUUCGAGGAAAGUUUAAGCGAAAAAACACAAUCAUCUAGUAAACAUACCAGUCGACGGGGAGUCGCUGAAGAAUCAUCAGACGACGAGGCUGGCUCAGAAUCACCUUUAGACGAAGUACCUGGUGCAUCAGGAACGGGUCAAGACGCAAACACUAUACCUGGAAUAUUUCCGCCAUCUUCUCUUUCCUUGAUACCUACUCGCACCCGCCAUGACUCGUCGACAAGGUCUGACACAUCUGGCUCCAGCGCUGGAGAUUUAGGGGACGUAACGCCUUGCAACGCGUCGCCGAAUCUUUCGACCUUGAUGCCUUUUAGACAAGUCGUACGAGACGACACCGAAGAAGUGUGGCGGCAACAAAUUCAAAAUCUCGUCACGCAAUCCCUAUACAACACAUUAGACUUUUUCCAACUGUUGGGUAGAAUUCUAAGGGAUGUAAGCAGUAAAUCUGUUACUCUUACACGAGAAGCCAGUGCCUUAUUAUGUAACGGCGGCCCAGCUUCUACCCAACUAGGCUAUCAUUUAACUAGUCACGCAGAUCUGCUUAGUUCAAAGGCUGAGCCACCAUUGAUUUGGUUCUCUAUCACUUUAUUCGCGAAUCAAAGGUUAAACGAGUCAUUACGGUUUGGAAUGUUGGAAAUCCAAGAACAUCUAGAAACAUUCCUGGACAAAAAGGAUCACGCUACGGAAUGUUUGGAAGCUGCCAAAGCAGCAGCGAAACUCCAAGCAUUAGGCGGUGGUCACACCACAGAGGCUGGCCUUGAGGAGAUGCUUUUAGAUUUAGGCAGAUCGCUUUACAAGCUUCAUCUUCAACUUCUACUUCUGAUCGAAGCUUCGAAUAAGAUGUUAGGCACACUCACGAAUGCCGCGAAGAACGUACACAUUCCACUUCAGGAUAUAUCGACCGAAAUCGCGAAUAUGAAGACUGCACUGAGCAGAGCGCUCGAGGAGAGCACGGAGAGUGAAAGGGGUACACCAACUCCGACGCCUAGUCCAAGUCCCCUACCUGGCGCAGGGGCUGUCGAGGAGGUUGCCCGAGUUGCGGACUUGCUCAGAAACGCAAGAUGGUGUCCUGCGCUCGAGGCUGUAAGACUCCACCGAGCUCAGUGGCCUGGUGAUCCUUUCCAUGAUGACGACGACGUGACAACGGCUGUUAAUAUGUACUGCAAAUAUUUAGGACAAGAUAGACCUCAUAUUUUUGUGGUGACACGAAACAACGACGAGAUGUCAGAGAUAUUCAACAGACUGAUGGAAAGUUUGUUCCAAGUUCUGGCCGCCGUGACAGGCCUGGAAGCAUCGACAAAGGCCGCACGGUCGCGACACGAUCAUCCUAAUAACUCGAAAAGUGACUGCUAACUCGUAAGAAUAAGUUUUAAUAUCAUGUUAUAGACAACCGUUCGCCUGAACUCGAGUCUUCAUCUAAUUUAAUUGUGCGUGCGUUUUAUCCGUGUAUUUAGAUAUGUUGUAUACGACUUAUAGACGUAUGUAUUUAUGUAUGUAUGUAUGUAAUAUCGCGAGUAACUAUGAUAUAGUAAUUUAGAGAAAACACGCACGAGCGGAAGCGCGAUGCCGAUGAUUUUAACGCUUCUUUUUUUAACAUAAACGCAAUGACAAAUGUACCUAAUUAUUCGGUGAAAUAAAUUCCCGAAAGCUUAAUAAAAUAUCUGC